AAUGUCCCCCUUCAAUCGCCCACUUUUCACAGUAGUGCUUGUUAGCACAGACUUUUGUCUCGAACAGAACCCGCUGACCAUCUGCCCCCCAUCCUAUCCUCUCAGCGGUCUCUAUACUGCAGCAAUAUGGCCCCUGCGUCUCGCAGCAACACACACGAGGAGGACUAUUUCGGAAUAAAAGACAGAAAGACGAGGAAGCCGCUGGUGGAGAAAAAGAGACGCGCCCGCAUCAAUGAAAGUUUACAGGAGCUGAGGCUACUGCUAGCCGACCCGGAUCCGCAGGUAAAAAUGGAGAAUGCCGAGGUGUUGGAAAUGACUGUGAAACGCGUGGAAAAUAUCCUGCAAAACAAAGCGAAGGAAGCUGACAGCGUGAACCGCGAAGCUAACGAGCGGUUCGCUGCGGGAUACAUCCAGUGCAUGCAUGAGGUGCACACCUUCGUGUCCAGCUGUCCGGGAAUCGACGCGACCAUCGCCGCCGACCUGCUGAACCACCUCCUGGAGUGCAUGCCUCUGAACGACGAGGAUCGCUUUCAGGACAUCCUGUCAGAUCUUCUGUCGGACUCUAGUAACUGUGGCACUUGGCCUGGCGAGGCGACGUAUGCCGCGUUGUCGCCCGGAGACAGGAGCGUGGUCAGCAGCGGCUCCUCAGUCUUAUCCCCGGCCCCCUCCAGCACCUCCAGCGAUGACCUUUGCUCUGACCUGGAUGACACGGACACGGAGCACAGCCGAGUCUCGGUGGACGCCAGGGAACAAGCGCCAAGCGUGCCAACCGUGAAUCUCUCCAAGUCCAUGUGGAGACCUUGGUAGACAGAUGCUUCUGGAGAUCCCAGCUGAACCAUGAACAAUAUAUUUUUUAGUUUAGAGGUAUAUAAACAUGCAAUAGUCCAGGAGCACCUUUAUGACAGACCAUGGACAGUUCUACAUAGGAAUAGGGCGGCUGCAAGUUUUUUGUUUUUUUUUUCUGGUCAUUUGUGACCUUGGGUCAAAAAAACAGUCAUAAGAUUUAUACAUAAUUUGAAGGCUGAAUAAAUAAGUUUUCCAUGGAUGUAUAGUUUGUUAGGACAUUAUUUGGCUGAAAUACAACUAUUUGAAAAUCUGGAAUCUGAGGGGGCAAAAAGAAAAAAAAGAAUAAAAUAUUGAGAAAAGUUGUCCAAAUUAAGUUCUUAGCAAUGCAUAUUACUAAUACAAAUUUAAGUUUUGAUUUAUUCACGGUAGGAAAUUUACAAUAUAUUAAUGGAAGAUUAUACAGUUUUUUUUCUAGUGCUGUUGUUACAUAUAUACCCAUUACCUAUGACUGGUUUGUGGUCCAGGGUCACAUUUGUCAUCGCCCGUGAUACCCCUCAGAAGCUCUUCUUGGUGCAACAAUGCAUUUUAGUUCAUUUUCACACAAACGUUCGUAUUUUUAUUUAAUCGUUUUGUAUAAGCUAAGUUAAAGCAACUCUAAGGAUAAAUAAUAUUUCUAGGGAGUGUUUUCCCAUCUCUAAUUAUUGUAGGCUAGGGUGUAAAUAUUUCAAUGUUGUGGCUGUAGAUAGAUCUGACAUAAAAAAAUGUAGCCUAUGUUAUAAUUAUGAAGUAAUUUUGAAAUAAAUGUAAAUCUCAUUUAAUGUGUUUUAUGUGUGAUUGUGAUUUCAAUAAAACGUUUUGAUUUCAUCACUGUAAA